AUGCAACCCGUUGACGCCGAACGCGCGCGACAGCUGUCGCUCUUUCGGCCGCUAGGGUAUCAGCGCAACUCUUGCGGGUACUGUAAAUCCGAUGAUGGAAGUCAGUAUUUUCCCCACCUCACACUGACUGGACUGGGACAUGUUGACACGUCAGUUCUAGGUGCAUCAUAUUUCACCAGCUCCGUGGCUGUGCGACCAGAACACUAUGAGGAGCUUGUCAACCGGGGUUGGAGACGGUCGGGCACGCUCUACUACAAGCAGAACCUGCAACGGUCCUGCUGCCCCCAUUACACGCUGAGACUGGAAGCAUCUGCUUUCCAGCCCCGCCGUGACCAGCGCAAGGCCGUCAAUCGCUGGAAUAAAUUCAUUUUAGGCCCAGCAUACAUGCGCAAAGCUGCCCGGCUCUGCCCACGAUCGCGCGAAGAAAAGAAACAUCGCAAGUGUCAUUUCAAUCUUCGGUCUGCUGUCCACGAGUCCGAGUACAGUAACGUCAAACGCCCCAUUGACCCUGCGACCAAACGCCCGUUGGAACCAGCGCACCGCUUCGAGGUCAACAUUGAAGGUGACUCGGUCUCCCAGGCCAAGUUUGAACUUUUCGUCAAGUACCAAACCACAAUUCAUCGAGAGGAUGUCUCCCGUUGGAAGGUCAAAGACUUCCAGCGGUUUCUGUGCUCAGGCAUCAAGCGGUCUCCUGCUUCGCUGACCAAGUCGAAUGCCUUGGAGAAGAAACUUGGUUCAUGGCACCAGUGCUAUCGCCUCGAUGGAAAGCUCAUUGCGGUGGCCGUUCUGGACUUGAUGCCAAGUGGUGUGAGCUCUGUCUACGUAUUCUAUGAUCCUGAAUACGAGCAGUGGGAAUUUGGGAAACUGAGCGCCUUGCGCGAGGUUGCGUUCUCGCUUGAGAAUGACUAUCCCUACUACUACAUGGGAUACUACAUCCACUCCUGUCAGAAGAUGCGCUACAAAGCCAAUUACAAGCCGCAGUAUAUCCUCGACCCCGAAUCCAAUACCUGGGACCCAUUGGACGGCGAACUCGCUCAGAAACUGGACACCCGACCCUAUGUUUCCCUCUCGCGUGACCAAUCCUCAACCGCUGCUACCGAGUCGUCCACAAACCCUCCAUUCGAGCCCGACGUGAACGAAGAGGAGCUUUCAUUGUUCGACAUCCACAUGCCUGGAGUCCUAACUCUGGACGAAGUGAAAGCUCUAGAUCUGGAUCAUUGGCACUUGCUGUUUCACGGGACAUUUGUGGAGAUGAUAGAUCUCGUCGGUUGGGAGGAUAUGCGUUUCGAUAGUCCGCAAUCCGUCAAGGGCAUUAUUGCCGAGCUGGCAGCUGUUCUGGGGCCGAGGCUCGUCCGAGAUAGCGCCGUUGUGCUGUUUGAUUGA